GCGGAUGCAACGUUAAAUAAGAGCAUGAAUAGACUCAUGUCUACACAUCUAACUAGAGUAGAAGCCAAGACGCACUGUUCUACAAAUUAAAGAAAAGACUCCUUUAUGGAUAAUAUUUAUAUCAAACAAGCGUUGGUAUUGAAGGAAGUUAAGCAUGUAUUCCAAAAGCUUAUUGGCGAGGAUCCCAUGGAGAGUAUGUAUAUGGUUGACACUAUCCAAAGGCUUGGCAUUGAACACCACUUCGAAGAGGAAAUUGAAGCUGCUCUUCAGAAGCAACAUUUGAUAUUUAGCAGUCAUCUCAGUGAUUUUGCGAAUAACCAUAAACUUUGUGAAGUUGCACUUCCAUUCCGUUUACUUAGACAAAGAGGCCAUUAUGUUCUUGCAGAUGUAUUUGACAACCUGAAGAGUAACAAAAAAGAGUUUAGAGAAAAACACGGUGAAGAUGUGAAGGGUCUUAUUUCUCUGUAUGAGGCAACCCAGCUAGGUAUUGAAGGAGAAGACAGUCUUGAUGAUGCAGGUUACCUCUGCCACCAACUUCUUCAUGCAUGGCUGACAAGACAUGAAGAGCAUAAUGAAGCUAUGUAUGUUGCUAAGACUCUUCAGCAUCCGCUUCAUUAUGACUUAUCAAGAUUCAGGGACGACACAAGUAUACUUCUAAAUGAUUUCAAGACCAAGAGAGAAUGGGAAUGCUUAGAGGAACUUGCUGAAAUCAAUUCCAGCAUAGUUAGGUUCGUGAACCAGAAUGAAAUAACUCAAGUUUACAAAUGGUGGAAAGACCUUGGGCUGAACAAUGAGGUGAAGUUCGCUAGAUAUCAACCUCUUAAAUGGUACAUGUGGCCAAUGGCAUGCUUCACAGAUCCACGCUUCUCAGAGCAAAGGAUUGAGCUCACCAAACCUAUCUCUCUGGUCUACAUUAUUGAUGACAUUUUCGAUGUUUAUGGGACAUUAGACCAGCUUACUUUAUUUACAGAUGCUAUUAAAAGAUGGGAAUUGGCUAGUACAGAGCAACUUCCAGACUUCAUGAAAAUGUGUUUAAGAGUUCUUUACGAAAUUACCAAUGACUUUGCCGAAAAGAUCUACAAGAAGCAUGGAUUCAACCCUAUAGAGACCCUGAAAAGAUCGUGGGUUCGAUUGUUGAAUGCUUUCUUGGAAGAGGCACAUUGGUUGAAUUCUGGUCAUUUGCCAAGGUCAGCGGAGUACUUGAACAAUGGAAUUGUGAGCACAGGAGUGCAUGUGGUGCUUGUCCAUUCAUUCUUCCUCAUGGAUUAUUCUAUAAAUAACGAAAUUGUUGCUAUCGUGGACAACGUUCCACAAAUUAUACAUUCGGUGGCUAAAAUUCUUCGUCUUUCUGAUGAUUUGGAAGGAGCUAAGAGUGAAGAUCAAAAUGGACUUGAUGGGUCAUACAUUGAUUGCUACAUGAAUGAACACCAAGAUGUUUCAGCUGAAGACGCCCAAAGGCAUGUUGCCCACUUAAUUUCAUGUGAAUGGAAACGUCUCAAUCGAGAAAUCCUCACCCAAAAUCAAUUGCCAUCAUCAUUUACCAAUUUCUGCCUCAAUGCUGCUAGAAUGGUCCCUUUGAUGUACCAUUACCGUAGCAAUCCAGGCCUCUCCACUCUACAAGAACAUGUCAAGUUACUGUCUAAUAAUGCUGUCGCUGGUGCUGAGCGACAUGUAGUGCAUAUUCUAUGCCUGCAAUUUGUUAUCGAAUAAUUUGUCGCAACUACUUUAUUUCAUACUCUAGGAUCACAUGGGUUUUUUAUUUUAAAUUUUAUAAUAAUAAUAAACUUAUUUUAAAGUAA